AUGGGCUGCGGUGUGCGUCACCCAACACACGCUGAUGACGAGCUGCCUGUGGGACGUGAAGCCCAGCGGGACCCGAGGCUGCUGCCCUCCUCACUGGUCUGCCUCCCGGGCUGCUGCAGACACCUGAGCAGCAUCACAGGUACCAGGGCCCUGCAGCCUCGCUGCCUAGCAACCCCACACGGACGUCACCGAGGAGCCUCGGUAGCCGCGACCGGGGGCCUGGCCUCGCAGGGGAGGCGAAGUGGACUUGACUCAACUGCUCCAGGUCGCUGCGGAGGUCUCCGGCCCCGGACGGUGCUCACGAAGUCGGCUUCCCCACCUCGCUGGCUGUGGCCCCAGGAAAGCGAAGGGGUCUCCUCCUGGGAACCUCACAGUGCGCUGCAGAAAGUCAGCAGGCCCGUGCUUACUGCUAGGAGGAGGAGGAGUGCUGGACAAGUGGCUGAGGCAGUGUCACAGGCUCCCAUUCAGCAGGCACUACCGGGCUCUGCGGAUGGGAAACACCAGAUGGGCCUGGAAACUGAAAAGAGGCGGGGACCUUGCCCAAGCACCAGUCACCACUGCCCCAGCAGCUACAGCGCACCCGGAUGGAGAGGCACAGACGGCUUCCUCUUCCGAGGCCUCCGGGAGCGCAGCCCUCAGGAGGGGUGGCCAUGGCCCUAUCCCCAGCACCCCAACCGGCUCCUGCUGCCUGGCUUCUCCCCUCCUCUCUCCAUCACUGGCUCCACUCAGCUCUUAUCUGCUCGGGGUUGGCAGGAGAAGCAGGCUGAUGUGGUUUGGCCUGCAGAGACCAGGUCGGAGUCCAGAGGGCCUGGCGUGACUCCAAACAGACUCAGCAGCCCGUUAGGUCCCAACCGUCAAGGCUAACCCCGGACUUGAGAGGCCCUGAUGCCCCUGUGUGCCGCCCACCUACCGCUCUCCCUCUGUCCUCGGGGGACACAGCCCCAGGCCCAGGGGACCCCUGAAACUGCAGACACCCCCAAGCCCUCUAGGUAUGGUUGUCCUGGAGAUUCGCACCCAUGACGGGGUUUAAUUUACAAAUUAGGCAUAGUGAGAGGUUAACGACAAUAACAACC